AUGCAACAACAGCAAAACAUGUUUCCAAUGAACGUUCUAGCGCCACACUUUUGCGAGGAUUUGCGCGCGGAUAUUGGCGAUGCCAAGUUUAGUUUGAUAGUUGAUGAAUCAACUGGCAUCGCGAUUACAAAAUUACUUGGUGUAGUCAUUAAUUAUUAUUCGAUAAGUCGUAGUUUGGUGGUGUCCACGUUUUUAAGCAUAGUAGAAAUCGACAGCGGUGAUUCCAUUUGCAUAAGUGAAGCUUUGCUGAAGGAAUUGAAUAAAUGGAAACUAGAUGCAAAAAAUGUAAUAGGCAUAGGAACCGACAAUGCCAGUGUGAUGGUUGGCUCCCACAAGAGCGUAUACGUGGAGCUCAAAAAACAUUCACCUGAUCUACUACUCAUUAAAUGCGUUUGCCACUCUGUGCAGUUGGCAGUCAACUAUGCGUGCAAGCAGUUUAUGCCAGAAGAUCUCGAGUAUUUGAUUUAUGAGACCUAUAAUUGGUUCUCAAAAAGUUCUCAUCGACAAUCAGCGUAUAGACAAAUCUACGAGCUAAUGAAUAAUGAUAAGACUCCGUUAAAAAUUCCACGUGUUUGCGAGACAAGAUGGCUCUCUAUUGAGACAGCAGUUUCAAGAGUGAUCGAUCAAUGGGAGGAAUUAAAAUUGCAUUUCUCGAUUGCAGCAAUAGACGAAAAGUGCACAAAAGCUAAAAUGCUGCAAUCCAUGUAUAACGAAAGAAUCAACUAUCUGUAUCUGCUAUUUUUACGGCCUAUACUAAAAGACAUGCAAAGAGUCAACCAAAGUUUUCAAAGCAAGAAACCAGAUUCCACAAAAUUGCUAAAGGAUUUGUUAAUUGCAAUUAAAUCACUGAAGCACACUAUUAUAUCGCCGGAUGAUGACAUCAAUGUGCUAAAUAGUGAUUUUGAAUCUUACGUUAAGAGAGAUCUCUAUCUUGGUUACGCAUUCGAAAAGGAGUUAAAAACGUUAAGUCUGGACAGAACUGAGGAAUCUCAAGUUCGAAUCAAAUGUACCGAUUUUUGUAUAGAAUUAAUACAUCAACUGAAGAAAAGAAUUCCAGAUAAUUUUGAAGUGUUAAAUAAAAUUGACCUAUUUUCGGUCGGAAAUGUAUUGCGAGCCAAGAAAGAAAGUAUUAUUGAACUUUUAAUUUUUUUUAAAGUGGAAGACGUCGACAAUUUAAAAAGGCAAUAUGAUAAUUUGCAAUAUAAUACCUGGCAAAAUGUUGAAAAUACGGAGAAGUUCUGGGCCGAAGUUUAUAAUUAUAAAGACUCGACCUUUACCAAUCCAUAUAAGGAGUUAGCUAGCCUCGCUCUAAAAAUUUUGUCUCUUCCCUGGUCGAACGCUGAAGUAGAGCGUCUCUUCAGUCAGGUGAACUUAAUUAAAACUAAAUUAAGAAAUAGAAUGAACUGCACGGUGCUAAGCUCUAUUUUGGCUAUAAGAUAUGGAUUACGCCGACAGGGAAAAUGUUGUUUCGACUAUGAUGUUCCGACAAAGUGCCUUAGAAAGGCUAAUUAUAAAAGCGAUGAAGGCGUUGAAAAUGAUGAGUUGGUGUUCAUCGAUGAAAUAAUUACAACAUUGAAUUAA